GGCGCGCGCGGCCGGAAGCGCCUUUCCCGGAAGGCAGGGGGGCGGUGCCGGCCUCGGGGCGGCUCGACCAUGGCGGCGGCGCGCCGGGUGCUCGCAGCUUGAGCGGAGCCGCGCAGCAGGAGGAUGGCCUCGCUCGGGUCAGCCGCGGCCGGGGAGCCGGCGACCGGAGCUGAGGCGGAGCCCGGCCCUCCGGCCCCGCCGCCGCCUCCGCCGCCGCCACCGGCUCCCUCGCCGUCCGCUCUCGGGCCGCUGCUGCCCCUGCAGCGCGAGCCGCUGUACAACUGGCAGGCCACCAAGGCGUCGCUCAAGGAGCGCUUCGCCUUCCUCUUCAACUCGGAGCUGCUGAGCGAUGUGCGUUUCGUGCUGGGCAAGGGCCGAGGCGCGGCGGCCGCCGGGGGCCCGCAGCGCAUCCCCGCCCACCGCUUCGUGCUGGCGGCCGGCAGCGCGGUCUUCGACGCCAUGUUCAACGGCGGCAUGGCCACGACGUCGGCCGAGAUCGAGCUGCCGGACGUGGAGCCCGCCGCCUUCCUGGCGCUGCUGAGAUUUUUGUAUUCAGACGAAGUUCAAAUUGGUCCAGAAACCGUUAUGACCACUCUUUAUACUGCUAAGAAAUAUGCAGUCCCUGCCUUGGAAGCACAUUGCGUAGAAUUUCUCACCAAACAUCUUAGGGCAGAUAAUGCCUUUAUGUUGCUUACUCAGGCGCGGUUGUUCGAUGAGCCCCAGCUGGCUAGUCUUUGUCUGGACACCAUAGACAAGAGCACAGUGGAUGCAAUCAGUGCGGAGGGGUUUACUGAUAUUGACAUAGAUACACUCUGUGCAGUUCUAGAAAGAGACACACUGAGUAUCCGAGAAAGUCGACUUUUUGGAGCUAUUGUACGUUGGGCAGAAGCAGAGUGUCAGAGACAACAACUGGCUGUGACAUUUGGAAACAAACAGAAAGUUCUAGGAAAAGCACUUUCCUUAAUCCGCUUCCCACUGAUGACAAUUGAGGAGUUUGCAGCAGGUCCUGCUCAAUCUGGAAUUUUGUCAGACCGUGAAGUGGUAAACCUCUUUCUUCAUUUUACCGUCAAUCCUAAACCCCGAGUAGAGUACAUUGAUCGGCCACGAUGCUGCCUCAGAGGAAAGGAGUGCUGCAUCAACCGAUUCCAGCAAGUAGAGAGCCGCUGGGGUUACAGUGGGACAAGCGAUCGCAUCAGGCAAAUAUAAAUUAUCAAAAUUGACCGAAGAAGAAAGCCUGUGUAGACCAAUUACCCUGGGAAGAAUUAAGUUAUCAGAGAACUGUCCAUUCACAAAGUUUUUACAGGUGAGUUUUUCAUCCAACAUUCAAGGAACAGUUUCCUUGAGCACUGAAAGAGGAAAAUACCAUGUGGUUAAUUACUGAAAGAAGCAAAAUUCAGAUAUGAGUUUAACAAGACACAUAUUGUAGAUGAGCCUCAGCAUAGAGAGGAAAUUGUAUGUGUCCACCCCACCUUAAUGGGACAGUGCUGCAAGAACAAGUCUUGUGUGCUUGGAGCAUCAAUAAGUAGGUCAGUAAUAUAGCUCAUCACAGCAGGAGACCACAGGAACAGUAGUUCAGGAGGCAGCAAGACUCUUGCUGGGUGGGGGUGCAUUGGAUAAAAAUUUACCUUUUACCUAGUGAUAAUAGUAAUAGGUUAAAUUGUUAGCAUUUCUCUAAGAAUUAAUAUAGACUAUUAAAAAGAAAUUAAAAAUCUAGUUAGAGAGAUCUACCACCUUUACUGAGUUUCUGUGAUGAUUGUUGCGGUCAUAAAUUAGAGCCCUAUAGAAUCAGAAAGGAAGAGGCCUUUCCCAUUAAUUCUGGAUCUACAUUAGUAUAUAGCUCUGAGAAGCUCAGUUUUUCUGUAGUAAAUAUUUUGUACUUUUUCCUUUACUGACUUGAAAUUUAUAGUGUCACAAUUUAGGGGAUAAAUGGCAUAUCUGUAGUACAAAGGAGAAAUAAAUACAGCUGAUAAUAAAAAUUUAAAGAGAAAUAUUGAAGCUGAUAGUAAAAUUAGACUUUGGUACAUAGACUUUGGGUAUGACACUAGCAGGCAAACUGAAGUGUACAUCUCUAUACUCAUGUGUCAGCUACAAAGUAUGGACAUGUUUAUGCUUUACAUUCCAAUAUUCAUUUUUACAUAUCUGAGCUUACCUACUGGCUGAAAGCUAUUUGGAACUCAGAAGUCACUACUUAGCUUUUUGGUCCUUUUCUGCCAGAGACUUGAGUUGUAUGUUCCCAGGCAAACUUCCUAUUUCAGCUUUCCUGCACAGGCAGAAAAGAGAAGAGCGGGCCGGGGCGGGGCGGGGCAGUGCAAGAAACUGCUCAGAGUUGGGUCUAUGGACCCAGGUGAAGCAGCUGUUAGCAGGGCAGCCUUGAUCAAGUUACUGAACUCCAAGUGGUCCUUUUGUAAAAUGAAGAUAACACUGUAGGAUAAGUUGUUUGUAGGAUUUAGGUCUAAGGUAGAGAAGGAUAUCUGCAUCUUCACAUGUAACAAACACAUGGAUGGGUAGAUAGUUGUGUGUGUGUGAAUUAACACACAAUUACCAAUGGCAACAAUAACUGUAAGAGUUUCUUUACGUAUAUGGUCCUUGCCUGUUAUGGAAGGCAGUGAAGUUGUACUUUGGUUUUUAAAUAGGAUAUGAUUAAGGCUAAUAGUCACAGACAAUUUCCUGUAAUGACUUUGGAGCUUGUGGGUUAUAGGGAUCGGUUCUGUCCAUCACAGGAACUGUAGCACCACUGGCUCUUCCUGUCUAUAAACUUUAGGGUGAAGGGAAAAAAUAAAGUAUUGGAAUUAGUAAAAGAAUAGUUGCUGCUUAAAAUGUGAAUUUGAGAUUAUUCUCACCCAAACUCAGAUAAAAUAAAAAGCCCUCAGUCACAGAAAUGACAGUGACAGUUGUGCAGUGACGUGAGCACUUAGUGCACUCAGCCGUGCUCGGAAUGACUGACCUGAUACGGCUCACAUAUGUAUUGCCACAGUGCGGAAACCCAAGACUUUACAUGCUUAAAAAACUGAGUUAUGUUGAGUAAAUAACAUGCAAAUUUAUAUUUUACUGUAUUGCAGUAAAUUGUAUAUUUAUUAUGUUGGAUAUUACUGUGAUAGAGUAGAAUUAAACUCUGAAAUGUCCCGCAAAUAGGACUAUCUAGAGAACUUUGGCUUGAAUCACACUCUGAUAGGGAUAAGUCAACUUUCCAAAUUACUGUGAGUGUCUUAGAACAUUUCUUUCUGACAUCCCAUGUGUUUGGUAAGGGAGUUGCCUAA